AUGAACACCGUCUUCUUCUUUGCGGAGCUGGCGCUGCUGCAGUACGGUCUGGUGCAGUCCAAGCCCUCCAUGGUUGCCGCGACUGCUGUCUACGCGGCCAGGCUCCCCCUGAAGAAGACCCCUCUGUGGACCAACACUCUGAAGCACCACACUGGCUUCACUGAAGCACAGCUGAUGGACACGGCCAAGAUCCUGGUGGCCUCGCACUCCACCGCACCUGACAGCAAGCUCAAGGUCGUCUAG